AUGUCGCAUGGGCAAGAAGUGGUAGAAGCCUUCAAAAAGUUCGACAAGGAUGGGAAUGGCACGAUCAGCCGAGAAGAGCUGGGCGCAGUCUUGAAGGCUUUGGAUGCAGAAGCAUGGGACGAUCCAUCCAUCGACCGUUUGUUGGCUAUGGCAGACACCAGCGGAGAUGGCGUUUUGUGGUUUGAGGAGUUUGUUCGGUGGAUGCUUGCAGACGAUGUGGGAGGCAAGGCUCAAGUGAAGGGCAACUUCACCUUUGUGGUUGCUGGAUGCUCCCGAGAAGAGUUGAAUGGUGAGUAUGUGCAACAGGAGAAGUUCUAUGGGCGUCGGCCAGUCUUCUACUGCGCUGAGAACAAACGGGUGUUGUUCUACCAAAAGCGGAGACAAAGUUGGCAGAUCUAUUGGACACCGGGCAAGAAAGCCAGUGCUUUGGUGAAGACCGCAAGGGCACCACACAUGCUUCUGGAAGGCCAGUGCUGGAGUGUUUGGACCGAGGGCGCUUUUUGUGACAUACCCACCAUGAAGUGCUCCAUUGCCCCGGAGCUGAGCCCGGAGGAAAGGCAAAAGCAAGCGCCUGAGGUGCUCUUCUUUGACUCACCGAACAUGUUUUGUGUCAUGAAGAAGCACGAGAAGAUUUGGCAAGGACGGAACAUGUAUGUCACAGACGACCAGACCUGCUUUUCCGUCUAUAUUGACGGCCAAGACGGCUUCUAUGGCUGGGCCUUCUUCCACGCCAAAGACGCGCAGAGGAAAAACGCCGGCUACAAGUCGUGCCCAACGAAGUGCUAUUCACCACACCAGUGCUUGUGGACGGGCGGGGUUUCAGUGUGCGCCGAGCCAAGAGAAGUGGUGAAAGUGAAUGUCGUCACUCAUGAGCUGGGUGUUGAACCGUGGGUGGAUCCAGACUUUCCUCCUUCAGAAGCCAGUUUCGGAGAGACCUUUUUCCGUGAGAAGGCGGAGAAGUUCGGAGGGAGCGAUAAGAUUGUUUGGACCAGGCUGUCGGAGCUCACAGAGAAGCCGCAACUCUUUGAUGAGGAUCCCUUUGAUAUCAAUCAAGGUGGGAUUGGGAAUUGUUGGUUCAUCUCCGCCCUGGCAGCCUUGGGGGAGUACCCUUCGCACUUGAGAGAUCGGAUCUUCAAGACGAAGGACAUCACUCCCAAUGGGUGCUACGAGAUUUGCUUGUUUGAGUUCGCCGAGCGGGCCUGGAAGGUCUUUGAGGUGGAUGACCUGGUGCCAUGCUACAAAUCCACCAGCCCUCAUCAUGCGGACUCGCCCCUCUUUUGCCGCGCUCGGUCCCUUUGGGCGCCGCUCUUGGAGAAGGUCUUCGCCAAGUAUUGCGGGGCCUAUGAAAUGUUGCAGGGAGGCGGAAAAGCGCACAACACCAAGCUCGAUCCGGUACAGGUCUUGUGCAUGCUCACGGGCGGCGCUGAGGUGAAGCACUUCCGCCAAUCAGUAACGCUUUCGAAUUUGUGGGUCACGCAGGUGGAACGAGAUGUCACCAUUGGCCAGGAACCCACGAGCGAGAAGAAAGGGAAGCUGUUUGCCUGGGCUUCCAUCUAUGAGGAGGAGACGGUCGGAAAGCGGAUGAGAUACAGGGUAAGAGAUGAUAUGGUGAAGAACGAAAAGUUCCAGCAGGGCACUGAGGAGGGUUGGAUCACCACCCAUGUACGAGGCAUCAGAAGGCUUGCACUCAGCGUUGCGGCUGGCUGGACCUACACACACAAAACAGUCAGUCCACAUCACAAAGACUGGCGGGAUGCCUCAGCGACAUAUGCCACACAGCAUGAAAGGAUUGAAGGGAUUGAGAAGCCGGAGGUGUUGUGGAAGAAGUUGAUGGAGAUUGACGAGGCCUCGGGCAUCACGACCGGGUGGUUCCACAAAGAUACUGGUAUGGGGUUGGUCAACAACCACCAAUACACCAUUGUGCAGUGCAAGGAGGUGGGAGACUUCAAGCUGGUUUGUGUCCGGAACCCUUGGGGCCAUGACGAAUGGACGGGCGCCUGGGCGGAUGACAGUGAGGAGUGGGAGGCCUUUCCCGAGGUGGCUCAGGCACUGAAGUUGGAGGAAAAGGAUGAUGGUCUAUUCUGGAUGGAGUUUGAGGACUUCUACGCCCGAGCGGAGGAGAUUUGUGCCUGUGUGCCUCCCAAAGGGACCAUGGCACGUGGGUGA